CUCUCUGCAGAUUCCAAGGCCCGGUAUCUUGAUCACCAGGCCCUUAUCAGCUAUCGGUUACUAUUUCCUCACCUUUGAUAAAGCUUCAGCCUUGAAAUUUUUUAGCUCUCUCCCACCAUGAACGAUCUUCUAUCGGAUUCAUUUGAGAUCCCUCGCGAGCAAGGUAAUGGUGGUGGAGAUAUUGAGCUAGGUGCGAAUGCAAUGAAUUCAACAGAUACGGGCUUGGAUAACUUCUUCAAAAAGGUUCAGGAGCUUGAUAAGCAAUAUGCAAAGCUGGAUAAGCUUCUAAAACAGCUCCAGGGUGCCCAUGAGGAAUCCAAAGCUGUAACCAAGGCUCCUUCCAUGAAAACUAUUAAGAAGAGAAUGGAGAAAGACGUUGAUGAGGUUAAGAAAAUUGCCCAUCAUGUCAAGAUAAAAAUUGAAGAACUUGACAAAGAGAAUUUGGCAAAUAGGCAGAAGCCUGGGUGUGGAAAAGGAUCAGGAGUUGACCGGUCAAGAACAGCAACAACCACUGCCUUGAGAAAGAAGCUGAAGGACAAGAUGGCUGAAUUUCAGGUCCUGCGGGAAGCCAUCCACCGAGAAUAUCGUGAGGUUGUUGAGAGACGGGUCUUUACAGUAACUGGCACGAGAGCUGAUGAGGAGACAAUUGAUAGAUUAAUCGAGACAGGAGACAGUGAGCAAAUUUUCCAGAAGGCUAUUCAGGAACAAGGAAGAGGCCAGAUAGUAGACACCCUGGCUGAAAUUCAAGAACGGCAUGAAGCAGUGAGAGAUGUUGAGAGGAAACUUCUUGAAUUACAGCAGAUAUUCAUGGACAUAGCAGUGCUAGUGGAUGCACAGGGGGAUAUGCUGGACAACAUAGAAUCACAGGUCUCAACUGCAGUAGACCACGUACAGCAGGGCAAUACUGCCCUCCAGAAAGCGAAAAGCCUUCAGAAGAAUUCCAGAAAAUGGAUGUGCAUGGCAAUCAUUAUACUCCUUAUUGUAGUCAUAAUCAUUGUUGUUGCUGUCAUCAAACCGUGGGUCAAGAAGGGUGCUUAGUUACUCGUACGUAAUGUAAAUAGUUCUUCGCGCUUGUGUUGCCACAAGCUGAUUUUUUAUUGAUUAUUCUUAUUUUUGCGUGUUUCGAACUGCUCUUGUUCUUUUCUGGUUCAUGGAUGUUGGCCAAGCAUGUAAAACAAAAUUGAGUUGUACAAUGUCGGAGACAAAACGAAUGAAUUCAUUGAUUCAUUAACAUUUGGUUCACGCUA